GUGGGUGACACAUUAAGGCAGACAGCAGAUACAUACAUGUCUCCCUUUAUGUACUAUAGGUAUGGGAAAGUCUGCACAUUUAGGCGAACUCAGCACAAGAUUUUCUGGAGAUUUCAGAAUUUUCCACAGUGUUUGGACACCAUCAACAGGGAGUCCUUCAAGUAUAAAUGUUGUAAUGAUGAAAUAUACAGAUGUGGACGAUGGAGAAUCUCUUCUACAGUCUCUCCUCAUAGCAAGCAUUUGUUUUGAGAACCAUUUUCCUUUCUAGAACGUGUAGUUGUUGUGUCCCGGUGUGAACAGUUCAAGGGUCAAUAUUUAACUGCAGGACUUUUUGUAACAUAGGUGACAGGUAUCAUAGUUGACAUUUUCGCUGUUUUCAGGCCUAAAAUCAACAUGGCCGCAUAUAACCAAACACCACAUGGCAUUUUUACAGAAAGAUUCUUCUAAAAUAUGAUAUAUACAAUUGAGUAAAAUUGAAAUUAAAAGUUAUUUAUAAAGAUAUUGUAGUAAACCUGUUGACAUGUGAUAAAUCCACACUUGACUCACACUUUACAUUAAAUAACUCAGAAAGCCUUGGAGUCUUGUCAGUCUUUUCUUCAGGAGGAAAUGACAUCAUGUGGUGCAGGUCAUGUGAUCUGGAAUGAACACACUUCCUUGAGAGGUGUUUUUGUAAUUAGUUGAAAAUGAUUUCUCGAACACAGAUAAAAUUUGUUGUUUUCCAUAUAUAAUUUGAUAUAUUACCAAAAAAGAAAUAUCUGUCAUGAUUAUCUCAACUUAAUAAAAAGAACACAGUCAAAACAAUUUUUGAAUAAGCUCAUUUUAUCAUUGUUUAGCUAAUUAGAAGGUGAUUGUUAUUAAAUUUGGAUGGUAAUUAGGUUGACAUUUUAUUGCUAUCCAGUCAUUUUUUAUUAAGUGAUUGUUUCCAUAAUAAAUAAUUAUGGAAUUUGUAAAGACAUGAUCAUAAUGAACAAAAAAAACAUUUUUUUUUUGCUUUUAAUGAAAAUGUAUUCAAGAUAUAUCCCAUGGACUUAAAAAGUCCCUCAAUUAUAUAUUGACCCUCAUGCAGUCACAAACUUUGGGCCUCAUGCAGACAUCAACAGAGGGAUUCGUGCAGAUCCUCAUGAACUUGGGCAGAUGGUGAAAUUACAUCACCGGAUCCUUGCAGACACACAGACUUAGAAGGCAUGAAUUGGCCUUUAUGUAAUUUCUAUGGUGCUUCAGUAUAAAGUAUGUAAAAGGUGCGUCUUCACUUUGGAAGACAUAAACCAGAGUAGUGUGUGGCAUGACCGAUUGACCAGUGACAACACUUUUGCAAGCCGGAGCCCUGAUUGUCUUUGUUUGAGACUGAAAGGUGUUUUAAAGGAGUCUCUGCUAGUUUGUUGUCCCCGGAGGAUCAACCAAACUGACUGGUGCAGUGACUGCACAUAUUAAUAUAUCACUAUCUUCAGACUGAAGCUCAGAGUAAUGGAAAAUUUAUUAAACACUUUAAUCUCCCUCUGUGGAAGAAUCUUUUUUCAGUUUCUUUAAAAACAUGCUUGUAUUUUCUGAGUUAUGUUGUGGAGAUGAUCUUUGCAACCAACUCUUAAAUGAGCUUUUUAUUGUCUACCGGAGGACUUUGAAAAAAAUUAAUUGCUAAAUUUUACACUUGGUCAGAUCAAGCAGGCUGUUUACAACCGUCUGCUUUUUCCUGCUCUGGAAGACCUUAAAGCAGUGAUGAAAGACACAUUUUUUCAGAGAUUACAUUCAUGUUGAAUUGUUUUGUUUUGGCUGGGACAUAGUACUUUGAGUUUGAGGAAUUUUGUAAUUAUUAGCUUGUUUUUAAUGAAUUUGUACAGUUAACAGUCUCUAAAUUCAUGCAAACUCUGUUUUGCUCUUGUGUGUAUGUGGGGAAAAGGAGAAUCGCACUCUACAAAAAUCUGCUUUAAGAUAACAAUAAGAAAGCAGCAAUAAGAAAAAACAAAGGUUACACUAUGAAAAAAAAAUGCAAUUAUUUUUAAGAAUUUAAACAAUGACUAAAACAAUACUCUGCUGUCCUUCUGAGGAGAACAUCUGCCUGAUCUUUCUUUUUCAUCUGCAGCAGCAAACACACUGGAGGUCGGAUGAUAUAAGAGAUUUGCAGACUUAAAGGACUGAGAUGACUUUGCUGAGCUCCCAGCAGCGAUGCAGGAAGCCCUUCAAGUCAUCUUCCCCUCAGCUGAACUCUCACUGUCCUCUGUGUUAUUAUUACUCCCAUAGGUCUGGUCUGCUGCUUUUAUAGUUAUUCUUAGGUUUUCCUCACUCACUGACACAAUGAAAUGCCUUUCUAGCUAAUCGCCACACUGCCUGCUGAUCCCAGAAUACACAGCGGUCAUUAGAUGUAGCCAGUGAAGUCAACACUUCUGUGAGGAUCAGCUGUGAGCUGCCAAGCGCCUCCUUCUCCUUUUCCUCCGGCUAAGUCCAGACCGGCUUGUCUCCCAUAUGUGGUGUCGAAGGGGGAGGAGAGGCUUGGCUUCCAGACAAGCAAAACUUAAAAAUACGACCACUUCGAUGUACAGUUUCCUCAUAUAACUUUGAUUGGACUCAGCACUUGUACAGCACUCUGUUUCUGAGAUGCUAUUUGUGCUGCGUUUACAGUCUGAAUGCAAGGAAAGUCAGGUGUAUCAUCUGGAACAAGCAUGAACCAAGUGUUUACAGUUGAUCUGUAUGUAUUUACAAGGUCAAUAAUGAAGGCUUUACAGUUCAAACAUGCUUUUUUAUUGCAUAGAGUAGUGUGAGUAAACAGCAUCUCAGCAGAACACAUUGGAUAAUACGCAGCUAGUGAAGACGCAAAAAGCAGUAGAAAAGGGAAAAUAAACGCAUCAUUGAAUCAACAUAAAAUAUAAUUGCCAUCUUUGUAAAAUUUGUAAAGCAUUUAACCAAAUAGUACGAAUACAAUGGGACAUAUGAGGACGAACAAAUGGAGACAGAUAGAUAUUGUGUGUCUAUCCUUGUCCAUUUAAUAUUUUAACGUUCUAUGGCAACCACUUUGAAUUAAUAUAUAAUAAUAUAUAUAAUGGGUUGCAGGGUGGGACCUACCUAGAUCAGGCUUAUCCUGGAACAUCCCAUAGAUUCUCAGUAAGAUUUGGAUCUGGGGAGUGUGGAACCCAGGUGAACACCUUAGCUCUGUUGUAUUCCCCAGGCCACUCCUGAGCAGGUGUGUUGGGGUACAUUGUCCUGCUGAGGGUGCCGACUGGCAUCAAGGACUGUUGUUGCCAUGGGGGAGUCGGGGGUUGAGGGAGUUGCUUGACCUGUAAUGUUUCAGUAGGUGGUACAUGUCAAACAUCCUCAUGAAUGUCAGGACUCAAGGUUUCCCAGUAGAACGUUGCAUUAUAACAAGAUGAUCGAUAAUAUUCACUUCACCUGUCAGUGGUCAUAAUGUUGUAGCUGAUCGGUGUAUAUAUAGCUAUAUAUUUAUCAAAAGAUAAGUACAAAGAUUGUGUAAUUCCAUAAAGCUUCAGUAGUGCAAAAUUAAUAGAAAUGUGCGAUUUGCGUAGAAUUUAUAAAUUUACAAGCUGAGAUGCCUUUCAAUGAAGUCCAUAAAGUGUCACAAAUCAAUUAUAAAUGUUUAUAAAUAAUAUAACAAAUACAUAUUUUUCAAAGGAGUGAUUUAGUUACAAAUACAGAGAUGGUCCUCUGUGUUUCAGUGACUACUGAUCAAGGAAAGUUGUGAAGUAUAUUAAAAAUGUACCUGCUACGCAUCAUGUUAAAAUUAGCAUUUUGCUCUCAGAGCUUCUAUCAUGGCUGCAGAUGUGGUCUUCUUGUAUCAUAAAUUAUUAAAAUUUCAUAACUUGUUUUCUGUUGUUGGACUUCACAAUUAGUCAACUAAAUGUUGUGUGUUGUAUAUACAGUAGUACUACUAAUACAUAUUCAUACAAUUUAGUGCUUAUCUUCCUGUCUGUCUCACCAGUCAGUUGCAGUUAUUUAACAUACAUAUCAUCUACUCUGGUACUAGAACAAACUUCUUUUCCUUUUUUCCUCACUCAGUCUUCUUUUCUGGUGUGAUGCACCUAAAUAUUUGUUAGACAUUUAGACGAAUGCAGUUUGUCUUUUACUUCACAUAGAUGUCAUUUGCCGGGAUUUGUGUUUGUUUUGCCUUGUUUUUUUCAUUAAUAUAUUUUCUCAAACAUGAGAUGCCAAAUCCAACGAACCAUUGUUUAAAUCAGAGAGACUCUACAGUAAGCAUUAUAGGCCUCAGGAAGACAAGACAUGAGGACUAGAAGAACCAAUCUCUUCUGGAUCACUGGUUACGAUACUAAUCAACCCUGAAAGUUACAAGGUAAAACUAAGAGGAUUUCUGGGUCAUUUGUCAGCUUCAACAUCACGAUUAAAAACGUAACCUUGGAGAAAGAAGAAGCACUUUAUAAUCAACAUCAAAGAAGAAAUACAAAACUCAGUAAGAGCCUUAAAUGCCUUUAGCCUUUUUCUUCUAAAUACGCUGUGUAUUUCAAUUUGUGAAACAUUCCGCUAGAAUUUUCCAAAUUAUAUUUCAAAUGAAAAGCAUUUUUAUGCAUGCAACACCCUGUUUUAAGGACCGAUUACAAAAACACAAGACAAAACAAAUACAGUUAAACAUGAAGUUGCACAUAAUCAUAAUCAUGUGACCCUAGAACCAUAGAUCGACGUAGCGCCUGGCUCCAAAAAUGAAGCCUACCCGGAAGUGUCAAAAACUUGCAAUAUCACACCGUCCGAUAGGGCUGGGUCCAAAAAGCUCUGGCUCCAUAGACCUCAAUUCAUCACGGGAAAAACUAAAAUUUGAUAGACUGCUUUUCUACAGCUCAGGAUUUUUUUCCAUUAGCUGUCAUGGUCAAAACGAGAGAUCAGGUCGCCGAUCUUAAAAGAAAUCAAUACUGAAUUUUAUACAGAGCGUUCAAGUUUUGUGGAGCCAGGGGGCGGGGCUACUUGACUGACAGUCCGGUCUGGAAUGUUUGACAGGUCAUAUGGAGGAGGCAGCAGAGACGCUCAUUCACUGUAAACUCUGUUCUCGUUUGGAUUAACUCUGGUAUAAUAACUGUUGGUUUAUUUAUCGGCGAAGCAGCAGAACAUUUUCCACAGAUUGUUUUUCUGCCUGUUGGCUUGUUUUAACCAGUUUUUUACCUUCGGCUGAUUCUACCAACAGACACUGAAAGGACUCUGAUAGUUCGACUGCAGAGAGUCUUCCAACUGAUGGAAAGUGAGAUUUCACAAUUUCAGAUUCCAGGAAUCAGCGGUUUUGUGCCAAGCAGGAACUUCCACAGCAGAACCUCUCUGCAGAUAUAAAAACCCCAGUGGGAACAUGCACAGCAGACUUAGGACAGAAUACUAUUAACAAAAUGGGGUUUCCUUUGACUGUGGUCCUUCUGGCUGCAUUGGUCUCUCUGGCAGAUGUGGCUCAUACUGAAGAAAAGAAAAGCACUGAAUCAGCGUCACUACGUUCCAGGCGGAUGAUCGGGGGGAUGCUGGCCCCUCACGUCCCCUGGCAGGUCAUGGUCUACAUCGGUGAGAGUAUCCUGGAUGGAGGCUAUGCAGGCGGAGCUCUCAUCUCCGACCGCUGGGUGCUGACGGCCGGAAGAAACCUUUUUGUCAGGAAGAGUCGACAGGACACUCGGGGAAAAGUUCCCGUUGUCCCUAAAGUGUACCUAGGAAUCUCACAAAAGGUGGAAGCAGAUGCCUCCAAAGAGGUCGCUGUAGAGAAGGUUGUUCUCCAUCCGUGGUUUCAGAACCAGUCUGACUGGGAUAACAACUUGGCUCUGAUCCAGCUGAAGGAGUCUGUGGUUAUGAGUGAUAAAAUUACCCCCAUCCCUUUGCCAGAGAGAGGCCAGGAUCUGACUAACACCAGGGGAGGGUCAGGGGUUAUCGCUGGCUGGGGCUGGGGGUCCCUCCUCACUCAUGCUGCAUCCCUCAAAUACCUCGUGCUGCCUCUGGUCAACGACUCUGACUGUAAGGCAGAAUAUGAAAGUUCUGAUCACACGCCGGCUGUAGAUGACAACAUGUUCUGCACUGGACCCACCACGUUUCAGGAGAAUGUUUGCUUUGGUGAUGCUGGAGGCGCUCUGGCUGUCACAGAUGCUGAAACUGGGGACAUUUACGCUGCAGGGAUCCUAUCUUAUGACAAAUCCUGCACUAGUCGCAAGUAUGGAGUCUAUAUGAAGAUUUCCUCAUAUUUGCCCUGGAUCCACAGCAUCAUCAGGGGAGAUACAGAGAAAUCGUCUGCUCUGCGCUCUGAUGCGAUGUUGAAGAUGUACUCAUGGUUGCAGACUGGGAAAAAGAACAUGUGAAUGGAUGUAACUGUAGCAUAAUUAAAUCUAGCAAUAAUAACAGUAACAAAUGUUGUAUCCUCACAUGAAUAAAUCUAGUUUUGAAUGAA